GAAGAGGAGCUGUCGGAGGGGGGGGGAGGGAGGGAGGAAAAAGAGGAGGAGGCGGAGGAGAACUGAGCUGAGCAGAGCAUCGAGCCAAAGGGGAGAUGAGUUUGUCUGUCCUCGGCUGAGGCUCCGGCCGGGCCUAGGGAAGUGGGAGCACGGGUUGGAGCGACACCCGUGGAAGUGGGAGGAGGAGGCUCUGGGACUUUAACCCCUUGUGGGCUCUGCGGCAGGGGAUUUAACCCUUUGUGGAUCCGGCCCCUCGGAGUCAGCGUCAUCGGGUAGUUUUAACCCCUUCGGGGCUGGGUUUAGCCCGUUGGAUUUAACCUAAUCUCCUUGCCCACCAACUCCUUGAUCGCGGGGGCGCUCUGCGGGGAGGCUUGAGGCCCACCCCCCCCUGCACAACACCUACUGUUCCUGCUGCUGCACCCCCUUGGACCCGCUAGCCGGCCGCGCUGUGGGCCCUUAACCCUUUACUGACUUGAGCGCCCCCAAAUUGCAACUGGAGUUUGCUGACAGAAGGACUGGCUGAAGGCAUCACUGCAGGAAUUACAGACCGAAGAGGACUGUGCUGGACAUUUUUGAAAGAAAAGAAAACCCUUUUUUCCUUAAGGACUUACAGCCAAAAUUCUUCAAACUCCGAGAAGAGGAUUCUAUUAGCAAUGGCCGAGCCACUCUUGUCAGAGUAUCAGCACCAGCCUCAAACUAGCAACUGUACAGGUGCUGCUGCUGUCCAUGAAGAGCCGAACUCUGAUCGCCCCCCAGGCGCGGAGGAGCGGGUGCCCGAGGAGGACAGUAGGUGGCAAUCGAGAGCGUCCCCCCAGUCGGGUGGCUCUCCGGGGCUGGGCGGGGAAGGGAGCCUGGAGCUCCAGCCGCCUCCCGUGCAGACCCAGGUCUGCCCAGAAUCCAGCUGUCCGGAAGCGGGUGAGAAGGGCCAGAAUGGGGACGACUUGUCCGCUGGCGGUUCCCCCCAGCCGGCGGCGGGAGGGGAACAGAGGCCGAAGGCCAACAAGUUGGGAGCUUCUACCGCAGGGGGCGAGGAGGCGUGGGGACAGCAGCAGAGACAGCUGGGCAAGAAAAAACAUAGGAGACGCCCCUCCAAGAAGAAGCGGCAUUGGAAACCGUACUACACGCUGACCUGGGAGGAGAAGAAAAAGUUCGAUGAGAAACAGAGCCUGCGAGCUUCGAGGAUUCGAGCCGAGAUGUUCGCCAAGGGCCAGCCAGUGGCUCCCUAUAACACCACGCAGUUCCUCAUGGAUGAUCACGACCAGGAGGAGCCGGAUCUUAAAACCGGCCUCUAUCCCAAACGGGCCGCUGCCAAAUCUGACGACACCAGCGAUGAGGACUUUAUGGAAGAAGCGGGCGAGGAGGAUGGGGGCAGCGACGGGAUGGGAGGAGACGGCAGCGAGUUUCUGCAGCGGGACUUCUCGGAGACCUACGAGCGGUACCACGCGGAGAGCCUGCAGAACAUGAGCAAGCAGGAGCUCAUCAAAGAGUACCUGGAGCUGGAGAAGUGCCUCUCGCGUAUGGAGGACGAGAAUAACCGGCUGCGGCUGGAAAGCAAGCGGCUGGGCGGCGACGACGCGCGGGUCCGGGAGCUGGAGCUGGAGCUAGACCGGCUGCGCGCCGAGAACCUCCAGCUGCUGACGGAGAACGAACUGCACCGGCAGCAGGAGCGAGCACCGCUGUCCAAGUUUGGAGACUAGACUGAAACUUUUGGGGGGGAGGGGGGCAAAGGGGACUUUUUACAGUGACGGAAUGUAACAUUAUAUACAUGUGUAUAUAAGACAGUGGACCUUUUUAUGACACAUAAUCAGAAAAGAAAUCCCCCCUGGCUUUGGUUGGUUUGGUAAAUUUAGCUAUGAUGUAGCUUGUGUGCUUUCUCCUGUUCUUUAAUUAUGUGAAACUGAAGGGUUGCUUUUCUUGUUUUCCUUUUUAGGAGUUUUUUUCUUUUUUAAUGUGUAAUUUGACCAAGUUAUAAAGCAUUUUUCUGUUAAAAAUCCCCUCCUUAAAUGGAGCUAUAAGGUGGCCAAAUCUGAGAACCAUUCAAUUCAUUCUAGUUAUAAUAAAUCUAAUAUUUGUAAAUGUAAUGUAGUUUCAGUGUGAUUUCUAGAGCUAAUUCAGAAUAGUACUGAUUUAUGUGAUUGCGUUUUUGGGGGGGGGGGUAAAGGAAUCAUCUAAUUUGUCCAUUUUCAAAAAACAAUCUUUAAUGGGAGAAUUUUCAAUUUGCCCAGUUUUCCCUUGAAUGGGUUUUAGUGUGCUACAAUAUACAGUUCCGGCAAAAUAUAAAGAUUUAAUUAUCUUCAGUA